CAUGGACUGCAUGCAUGCCCGUAGGCCCUAUCUGAAGAGCGAGAUAUAACCAUGCAUUAGUUAUUCUUUGAAGCACGCCUCUCCCUUUAUAAAAUAGUAGGCAACAGGCGCCCUGGGUCAGCAUCGCCUAAACCCGUGCGGACGGCUUUCAGAAGACAGAGAGCGGCACGCCGCUGUGGCUGCUUUAGCAGCCCGCCUCGGAGAUAGUGGCUGCUCCUCCCUCCACCUCCUUACGCCGAAUGCGCCCAUGGGUUCUCCUGUCCAGGCGCCGGCCACACCCCUACCACCUGCCGCACUACGCCCCGGAGCACAGCUACAGCCUCACAGGCAACCACCCCAGGGUCUUUGUGAGGCACUCAUGGAAUCGUCCUCACCAGCAUAAUCACCAUCAUGGCUCUGUUAGAGGGGGACAGCAUGGGAACCGUCAUCACACCGUCUAUGUCUCCCGUCCCUUCCUGCUCUCCCAGAUUCCGCUGCCUCCACACUCCGUUCCAGACCCCCACAACCAGCAGGGAUACUCAAUCCAACACAUGCCAGUGCCAAGUACCUCUCAGCUGCCUAGUAAUUCCCCUUUUCUGCAGCAGCAGUCCAAUGACCUUACCCACCAGCCAGGCAACAUCUAUCACCCUUCGACCAGCGUCAGUCAGCGCCUGGACCACCCACCCAACCAGGCAACCAACAUCUCACACCAGCUCACCCACCUUCCAAACUGGCGAGCCAGUAUCUCCCACCAACAAGCAGGUGUCGCCCAGUGGUUCACCCACCUCCUUCACCAGCUCCCCCACAACCCCCAUCAACCAACCAACCUCGGCCACCAUGAAGCCAACAUCACACACCAACCAACCAACCUCAGCCAGCAUAAAACCAGCAUCACUCAUCGACUAACCAACCUUGGCCACCAUGAAACCAACAUCAUACACCAACCAACCAACCUCAGCCACCAUGAAGCCCACAUUCCACACCAACGGGCCAGCCUACAACUCCACAGCCUGCACCAAUUGACUGAGCCACUGCACCAGGAAGCCAUUAUCCCAUACCAACAGGCUAAUCUACCCCACCAGGAAUCCCAUACCAUUCAAGAGCUGGGCCACAUUUCCAACCAACCAGGCUAUGUCUCUGACCACAUCUCCCAUGAGCGUUCCCAACCGCAUUCCCGCCAGCAGCCCUGCCAACGUACCAAUGAGUAUUCUCACCGGCAGUCCCACCAGCAUUCCCAUGAGAAUUCCCACCAGCUGCCCUGCCAACAUUCCAGUCAGCAUACCCACCAGCGUUACCUACAGCAUUCUCAAGAGCGUUCCAGCCAGUGUUUUGAUGCGCAUACCCACCAGCGUUACCAACAGCAUUCCCAAGAGCGAUUCAGCCAGCGUUCUGAAGUGAAUGCCCACCAGCGUUACCAACAGCAUUCCCAAGAGCCUUCCCGCCAGUGUUCCAAUGAGCAUUCCCACGAGCCUUCCAGCCAGCGUUCUGAUACGCAUACCCACCAGCGUUACCAACAGCAUUCCCGAGAGCGUACCCACCAGUGUUCCGAUGAGCAUUCCCACGAGCCUUCCAGCCAGCGAUCUGAUACGCAUACCCACCAGCGUUCCCAAGAACUUCCCAGCCAGAGUUCCACUGAGAGGUCCCACCAGCGUACCCUGGAACAUUCUUAUCAGUCACUCCAAACAGCCCAUGUUACAGAUGCGACUGACCACAACAUCACGCAAGGGCAGACCCCAGGGUACCAGCAAACUACAUCAACCCAUUCCUCUAAUGCCAGCUCUAGUCGCCGAACGCGUCCCGAGCAGCCAGGGGCCGGACCACCCGUCAGUGGGGAGCAGGGCACGGCGCGAGACCAAAGCGAGGCCAUGACGAGCAUGGUGGAACAGCUCAGGAACAGCAGGACUCGGGGUCUGUCUGGAUCCAGCAUCAGAUACCUCCCGUCCCACCGCUUCAGAUCUGACGGCCAGACUUCUGAACAAACCCGGUGUGUCGUGUGCUUAUAUGAGUUUGAAGACGGUCAGCUGAUUCGUGGCCUGCCGUGCAGCCAUGAAUUCCACGCCAGAUGCAUUGACAAGUGGCUCAGGGCCAACAGAACAUGCCCCAUAUGCCGAGCUGACGCGCUGCAGUGGACCUCUGAGUGACCAGAGCAGUCCAUGAGGGCCCCACCUGCUGUAGCGUACACUGCAGAACGGAAGUGUAGCUAUAUGGUCUUACAUAUACAAAUUAAGACCAUAAGGGCAUGUAUUUAUAUAUAUAUAUGUCUGAAAAACAUUAAAUUCAACCUUGAAAUUCAAUGAAAACAGGCUUCUAUUGUGCAUGAUGUGCAUGAUUUGUGUAGUGUCAUUCACAUACUACUUAGAACAAAAUAAGCUGUUUGUUUUCUAAAAACAAUGUUUUUUAUCACACACCUCACAAUGACAAACAUAGAUUUGAUGAUUAAAUCAAGGCCCACUGAAAACAACGUAUAUAAAUAAAACAUCCAGACACCAUGCCUUCCAGUAGAAAGUAUUUCUCUCCUAAGUCAUGUCAUAUAGAAAAUGACUAAAAAAAGGUAGCAAGUCUACCUAGGUCAGCUCAUAAUGGACUUUUCCCCUAGAUAUAGAAAUAUUAUCUGUAAUACAAAGGUGAUAUACUUGUUUUACUUCAAAUGCACAAGUCCCUUUAGAAUGGAGGCCAGAGUUACCUGAAUUGAAACAGUCGCUUCCAAAAUUAUUGGCAC